CAGGAAAGCGCAUCACUACAAGCAGUGCAGUCCUGUUUACAUCCCAGCAAGAGACAAUUGUCCUUUGUUCAAGGAGAUGCUCCAUGAUUCCAGAAUGCUUGUCCUUCAAUUACGGAGGUCCCUCUCGUACAUGCGAGUUGCUCAACACAACGCCCAUUACGUCAGGUCUUUCCUCUACGUCCAGCCAGACUGACUGGGACAUUUUCACUUAUACAAUGCCCAAAAAGUGUCCUCAAGGCGGUGUUCCAGUAACUUAUGACAUUCUUCCAAACCAACAAGGACCGACUGUGGAGGGAUAUACCUGUACUGCAAACGCCUGGAUUCUGCAACAGCUUCAGAUGGGAAAGACAAGCUGUCACAUGGUUUUGUAUAAUCAAAAGGAUUUCGACGGAUAUGAUGCUCCUAACUACCGUGGAAUCAUGAAACCUUAUCAUGAAGCAUUUAGAAAUUGCUUCAUCAACAACUGUGUUGGUUUGGUUUGCAAUGGAGCCUCCAAUUUAUGCUACCUGAAGAUAAAAACAGAAGAAGAAACUGGAACCAGGAUGAUUUCAUACAGCAACAGCUAUUUCUGGAAGGCUGUAUGCCAGUAAAAGUCAUCAAACACGCCACCUUCGCAGAAUAAAACUAGCCUGCCAAGCGAUGCUGUGGCCUAUAAAUGCCAUUUCUUCAAAGUCAGGAGUAAUUCAUUACUCAUAUGUACAGGUGCUCACAGAGUAUUCCCAACCAUUAGUUUAUAAUAUUAAAACAUUGAUGAAUAACGUACUCAAAGAUGACUCUUAAUUAUAUUAAGCGCAGUAAUAUAAAUGAAGCAUGUGUAUUUGACAUUCACAUUUUGCAAAAGGCACAGGCUACCUAGAAUUCACACUUAAAAUCACUCAGAAGGAGAAAUGUAUUACUGGGGGAACUGCACAACCUUUUACUUGCCUUACUGCUUCUGCUUCUAGUAUUUGUAAUAUGAGCUGGUAUCGUACUAACAAAACGAAAAUCAGAUGAAGAAGAAACUAGCCAAGGUAUUGUUUUUUUUUCUGCUGAACAAAUAACCGUUACCAGACCUUUCUUCCUUUACCUGCAUGAGUUCAAGUUUUCUAUAGAGAAGAUAGGAACACAGUAUUACUGAUCCUAAUAUUACUUCUGUCACUGCCAUCAAAUUUUAGAGUUCAGUUCUUAUUGUCCAAUACAAUAAGAAUUAAAACGACAUUUGUUGUAAUGAACAAUAUUAGCUGAGUUUCUACUCUAUAUCAGCAUAUUCCCCAAUGAAAUAGUUAUCAACGAUUUCUCAUAUUCUUCAGUAUAUACAGUUAUAACACCAUCUUGGCAGAUUUUCAGACAUAAGUAUAAGCUAAAUUUAUUAUUUUCUGCUACUUGCCCCUAUUUUGGAACAAAUAAUCAUUCUUAGAUAUUUUUCAUUUCAUUUGAAGUUGAAAGAAAAAAUUAGACAAUAUCUUGAUAAUCGACAGGUUUAUGUAAGACACUGACUGUCUUUGCGUUAAGAGAGUUGGAAUGUCAAACCAUAAAUAAGACAAAAUCGCUUACUGGAACGGAGAUCUAAGGAGCUUCACUCAGUCUCGAUCCAGAGGCAAUUUUAUCGUUGAGUUUAAAUACUAAAUUUUGAGCUUUGGCUCUUGAGCUGAACGAUCAAAAUGUGGGUAUGCAUCUUCUUCCCCAAAGGGCAGAGUUCAAUACGACUUCUGAAGCUGCUGCUUCAGUCCUUAUGUCAGAGAAUUCCGACUCUGUUUGUAAACUCAAGUUGUUUGUUUCGAUCAUUUUCUUAACAAGCACUUAGAAACAGCCCAUUUAUGCAAGUGAAUAUAGGAUUUUGAAUGAUAGAACAUUAGUUAACUAAUGGUCACAUAAAUACUUACUUACUAUAAACGUAUAGAUUGUACUUAUGUGAAGAGAAUGAGCCUCCUCGAUAAGUGGACGAGAUAAUAUAAAGAAAGGUAAUAACCACCGACAUCCUAACCCGCCUUGCAUAGAAAAGCUUUCUCGAAUCACCUCGAUUCAGA